AUGGAGACUCUGAUGUGCGCGGAAUGUGGAUACAACACCAAGGAUAUGACAGAAUUCACAAAUCACGCCAAAAGUCAUGAGGAAUCAACUGUCAGAGUAAGUUUUGCAUUCAAACAGGAACUACUGUAAUCAACAUCGAGACCGUUGUUUACAAACCCCUUUGGUUCCCCGACUCUUCGUUAAUUGUUUGGAUUAAUCAGUCGUCAAAAAAUGGCAUCAAUUGCGCAAACUAAAAAAAUCGGGAUUUUCUGGUUUUCAAGGUUAGGUCAUAAAAAAGAAAUAGUAAAAAUUUGAAAGUAAUCGUUUGAGUAGUGGUACUGUCUUGCUGAUCCUUGUCUACUUGUCCUUUUUGCACACUUUUAAUUUUAUUUAUACUGUAGUUUUUGAUGCCAAAGUCUCCUUUACGAUCGGCAGAUCAAUUGUUUUAAAGCCUGAUGACCUUUCUUGGAGAUCCCGUUUUUUACGUCCCAAGAAUAAAAUCGAAAGUCUCUUACCUGCGCCACAUUUCGGCGCAAAAACCGGACUGAUUUCCCUUAUCUGAAGAGAAAAAAAGAAGGUUUUGAAUUGAACUCUCUGUUCAUGAUUUGGAGGAUUAUGUCUGGAUUUGAGCAUCCCCUUGCUCUGGGUAAUUGUUUAGUUAAAAUUUUUGGAGCUAGAGUACCUCGUAUGCAAUGUUUCGAGGAUAUUUUGGAGAUAAGAUAACACUCAGGAAGGCACUUUGGUUGGGAUCUAGGCAAACGCUUUGUUCGAGGGGACGUAACGUAGCAUACAUGUAAGAUUACAGCCGGGAGAGAAGAGUACUGUUGAGGUGCCCACUCUUACAGUACACCCUGCUUUUUUAAAGUUCAGCCUUGAACCGCCUUUUACCAUCUUGUAAUUUACUUUUUUGUGUUCCAUUACAAGUUGCUGAAAAAUCGAUCAGUUUUCCUUUCAUUUCUGUGAAGGUCUUGACCAAACGGCGCACGUAAUCUGGGAGUUUGACCAGUUAAUCAGCACAGUUUAGGACUAUUCGCAAUUCGUGUUUCGUAGUUUCUGCUCCCUAUUAUUAUUACUGUAACUUUUAAAGUCGGUUUUCAUAACUUUCACAUCUGAACUUCGGCUAGAUUCACAAUUGAUAAGUCGAGUUUCUUCGCCGUCAAUGUCACGGCCUUCGCACCCCAUCUUUUUUGGAUCUUGGUUUUUCCGUACUUUCCGGCAUUAACCUUCGCUUUCAUCUUCCCCACUCACCGUUGAAGGUGAAGGUGUGCCGGCAAAAAAUUAACCCUUGGUGGGGCAGAAACUCGGGAGUCUCGAGAUUGGGGAAUCGAUCAGAAAACGGGAAGGAGUUGGUUGCUUAACCAAUUGGGACAUUUGUUGGGAGUGGGUCUUCCGAAAAGAGUAGGCAUGGAGCAUUAAUUGUACGCUACAAACGUCCGUCUUAAUGAAUACUGGGAAGUCAGCCCAACAUUCAAUGAAUUUUUGCGAGUACAAUUACGAUAAAUGAUUAUUGACGCUGGCUUGGUUGGAGUGCAUGUUUCCAGCAACAAUAAGAACAUUAGACCAGACAUUCAGCUACAAAUUCUGUCUUAAAAAUCAACAAUUACCGUAGAGUAGACCUUUUUCCUGUCCAUCUUUUGAUCGUAUUAUCAUUUUGUCUCGACGAAAUCUUAAUGUCUGUGCAUCUCUCGACUUGCGAUGGUCCUCCCAAACCCUUCGUAAUUCCUACCUUGCCGUUUUUCGGCUUCUUCCUGCGCCGAGGUUUUACCACCAAUCUUCUUCUUCCCAAUUUUUGUGAAGGUCAUUCCGUCGAUGGGUUGGUGCUGAUAAAAGCGACAAAAGGAAAAUGAAAAUCUUUUUUUGUUUCGGGAAAAGUGCGCACUCUCGCCCGGGCACCUUUCGCUUUCCUCUCGAGAUGAGUCCGUUGUUUUUUGUCGGCACUCGAUCUGUUGGCCAUUUCGAGGCCGUUGAUGGAUGUCGAUUACUGGUUUGCUGGGCAGGGAAUAUGGUACCAAGGAGUCUCUUUAUUAAGUACGCAUAUGUAUUUCUUUUUGUGUCAUACUUGGACAUGAGUCUAUUUCCAGCCAUAAAUCGCUUUGCUUAUGAGCAGAUAUCCUGUUGGUUUAGAUAUCCUAUUACAUGGUAAUCUCUUCUCGAGGCGUCGUAAAUCUACGGGGUUAUCGCGAGAACAUGAAUUGAGUAAUCGUAGAUGCAACAACAAAGUUGCGCAACGAAUUAGUUGUGGGUAAAUAGCCGUGAGAGUUUUGGGAUGACAUGUCAGAGUUUACGGACAUCUUUACGGUCCCCCGGUCAAGGUGGGUUUUUUCUGGCAUAAGCAUGGCUGCUUAAAGACCUUUAUCAUUUCAGUUUGAUUUCUAUACAGGAUAUUGGUUUAGUUCAUCUUUGCUCUCUGACGUUUUACCUUUACUUUCAAAAUAACUGUAGCCAAUUAUCCCCCUACCUUAUCCUCUCUAGUGCCUCGAUUGUUUAUUUAUCGAUCCCUCUAAUUAUUGUGUUUUGGGAAGUAGUCCAAAGUAAUUUAGUUUUGAUUUGUUCCCGGACCCCGAUUGGUCCCGUUUAUUCGGCCUUCCUCCCAACUAUUGGCUCAUUCGGUCUCCCAGGGGGUGUUUUUGAAAAAUCGAGGAUACUAUACGUGUUUGGGGAAUAGUAAUUAAGAAGUAAUGCUGGAUGGAUGAAGGUGGGGCUAUUUACACAUUCACAGACCUGAUUUGGCUUCCGCUUGAUCCCGAAUUCCCGGUCUGAACUUUCGAUUUGUCCCGAUUUCCUUAAUCCCCAAGUAUAAGGUCGAGUAUUUACUCGGGAUUUAAGUGUAGAUCAAGUUGUCAUGGGAAUAUGAGGAAGUCCGGCUUAAGAUCGAGAUUAAUCAAGUAGCCGUGGAUGGAGUUUGGAGGGGAUGGGCUUUAAUUUGCAUAAUUUUGUGAAUCUGCCUAUUAACGACAUAUAUAUUUUAUGACUGUUAAAUUUUUGGUACCAAAAUACGUAUUUGUGACUUCAAUGUAGGUUGAAACCGUCCAUUGCAUUCUUGAUUACUGUAUACUUCCUUUCUGAUUACAGGAACCCCUUUUGGAAACUAGUUUUAGUGAUUUCGAUCAGAACAAUUAAUGUUUUUUUAUUUUGAGACACUAUGCCAUUAUGCCACUCGGUCCUCUCCAAUUUGAUCCUACCUGUCUAAUUUGACUUCCUAUCAACAUAUUGGGCAAACACUCAUCUCUUUUUGGCCAUCGAUUUCUUCCGACAGGUCAAAAGCGGUCAUCCAAGACUUUCUUUUUCCUUUCUUCUCAAUAUUGCCAUAACUGGAACUUGAUCCGGUUACCCGAUCCAGUGGACUCUCCCUCCUCUUUCUUCGACUUUGUUUGGCCAAGCUUGUUGGUCCAUUGUCUUUUCCGCUUACCGUCGGCAUUUGUUUUUACGGGUUCCGUAAAUUGGAGUCGGGGGAUUAAUACAGGAAAGGAAGGAAGAGGUUGAACUUGUACUUGCUGAUUAACUGACUCAAAUUGAAGUCGUUCCUGUACUACUUCAUUUAUUAAUGUAACAAUUUUAUCAUCCUUUCGACACUCUAGGGUCGUUUAGGUUACGGUAAUCUUACGCGUACAAUUUUUUAUCUCUUUGUGUUUUACUUUAUAUCCCACAUACCAAUCAUCGAAUUCAAGUAUGCUUUUGUAAAUUCCGUUUUUUUUGACUCUGAAGGCGUCAUACGAAAAGGUGAUGCUUUUGCUACUGAAAAUUAGAGGGCGUGGCCCGAACGAGGUGGAUCGAAAAUAAGGUAAAAUACGUCGGGGGGACAGAAUGUUUGUCCAAGCUCCCAAAAUGACGGGCCGAAGUUCUGGCUUUAAGAUGCGGUCUACUUGUCCGAGUUUACCUUGAAAGGAUCGGGCUUACUGUAGUGGGUCAAGUUGUAAACAAGAAUAUUGCAAGUCUUCGAAUUUCAAUGAAGGUGGCCGGUUUUAUUUUGGUUCUUUUCCAGAUCAAGUAGCACUUGGUGUUAGUUUUAUUCCCUGUUUAAACUGUAUUUCAUCUAUUAAGUUCUUGAUCUAUUAAAUUUCGUUUUAUUUUAUGAGAAUCUGGCCUUGUCUGAUUGUGGUGGGCAUCUUUCGGAUUAAGAGUUAAUUGCCGUGCCUCCCAGUCUCAUGUUUUUUGGGCCUUGGGAUGAGUCUUUGUUUUUCACCUGGCUCUUACAUCUCCUCCUCUCUGACACCAAUUAUAAUAUUCGAAAUUAGCUCCAGAGGGGAUUUGGGCAGACGAAAACAAUAUUUAUUGCCUUUUUCUGAUGGUGAUGAGAAUGCGGGGGUUAUGGUAGAAGAUGAUAUUACACUUGCCGGUCAAAUGGACUGGUUUUGGAGGGGUUCCCCGUUGAUCGGAGAUUAGAAAGACCUUACGUAAUCUUCGCGCAACACUUGUAAUAGUUGUAUAUAAGUCGUUUUACAUGUAUUAUAAAUCAUCUUGGAAUUGUAGAUUGAACCAUCGACAUUGCCGUCCUCAAACUUGGCCACAAUGCUGCCCAUGCAAUUCAAUCAAUUCCAUUUGGCUCAAAUCUCACAGAUGCUCAAGUCGAUCCAGACACCCCCAGUUACACAACCCAAUGUGUUCUCCGUGAACAAUGGCUUCGAUGUGAUGAGAUUGUUGGCUCAAAGAACUCCAGAACAAUCUCAAGAAGUAAAGUCAGACAUUAUGGAGGUCCGAGAUGAGGAAGUCAAGAAAGAAUCCUCUCCAGAACUGCAUCAGGGGAUCAAAAAGUCAAAGAAACAAGUGCACAGUUGCCCCCAUUGCAAUUUCUCGACAGUAAUGUCACAACAUAUGAAGGCUCAUGUGGAAGCUCAUAUCAAACAUCAGGGAUCCAUGUAUAUGUGUGAUGUUUGCAAGAUGCAAUUCAGUCAGAAAGCUAACAUGCACAGGCACAGAAUGCGUCAUUCUGGAGAGAAACCUUAUGAAUGUAAAUAUUGCCAGAAGAAAUUCUUCAGAAAGGAUCAGGUAAGUUUUUAAAACGUUGGAAGUUAUUAGUAGCGGAUUAUUAAUUUAUUAUCUUCGUAUUUUCAGAUGCAAGAACAUUCAAUGACGCACAUUAAAACCGGAGAAAACUUUGAUUGCCCGGUCAAUGGAUGUCCCCGAAGAUUCAAGCAACAUCAAGAACUUAGGAAUCAUCUGACUGAUGAACAUAUCAUCACUGCUCAGGAACAGGCUGCUUGCAAAAGAUGCGCCAUGACUUUCUCAAAUCACAGACGGAUCUUGCUCCAUUAUCAGACCAAACAUGAUGACAAUCUUACUGUAAGUUGAUUUUAUUUUAAUGCCAAUUCUUUCAAUUUUACUUCAACCUUCUUUUUACUUAUACUUUAAUUAUAGGGAGCAAACAGAGAGUUGGCUCUUCUCCAACAAGGCGAUUUCUCCGAUGAGGAUUCCCUUUCUAGUUCUCCACCAACUCAGGCCAAACCCUUGAGCAUGAAUCCGGCUCUUUCUUCUCUCCUCCAAUUCACCCAACUCAACCAGAUCCCCACUUCAGCUGCGAAUCCGUUCUUGGCCCAACCAGGUCCCUUAGCCAAUAAUAUGAAUGACAUUAUGAACAACUUCUCCUGGAAUCCAUUGAAUAUGGGUAUCAAAAGAGAACUUAAUGUGAAUGUAAAUCAACUGACAUUGAAUGGGUCGACCACAACUCAGUCCAGUCCAAAGAUGUUGCCAAAGAGUAAGAGCCCCUUGAUUAAAAUGGAGGGUGAGGGAAAUGAAGUGGGCAACAACACGAACAUGCUCAGCAAACUUAUUGAGGAGGUAUCUUAAAUUUUAUAUUUAUUUCGUUGUCCAAAAACAUGUAUAAUGAACUAAUUGUAGAUGAAACAGACCCAGCCUCAAUUAUGGUCCCAGACCCGCUCCGACGAUCAUUCUUCCACUCAUUCCCCCACUUCUGGCUCACGAGCUUCUUCUUCACCUCAACCAAAUGACGCCGAAGAUUACAAACACAGAAUUGAGGCUGAAGCCAACAUUUCUGCGGGAGUACGACAAGAAUGUGAGCACUGUGGGAUCACAUUCAACGAUGAUGUCAUGUAUAUUCUGCACAAGAAAUUACAUUCCGAAGAGAAUCCAUGGAAAUGUGGACUCUGCGAGAAGCAAUGCUCGGACAAGAUCUCAUUCGCCACCCACAUUGUACAUGAUGGGCACCGUGUAUAG